UCGAUUAUCUUGCCUUCCAAUCGUUUUGCAGUCAGGGGUGGAGCUUAUAUGCUCUAGCUCUUCAUGAAUGACUGCUAACUGCACUGAAUGCCUAUCGCCACGCCCACAAAAUGCACAAUUGAUAGAAAGAAGCAGGGACUUUACAGAACGCGCCUUGUAACAAAGGCUUUAUUGACUGCAGUCCAACAAUGGAAUCAUACGUGAAAACAACAACAAAAAACGACCGAGACACUCACCCCUGUGAUUUGCUGCACAUCUAUUGCGACAUCAUAAAAAGUCAUCUUCCAGUAUAAAGAGUGGAACAAUCAUCUAAAACACUACAGUUGUACAGAUUUUGGCGGUUAAACAGUAUGAUUAUAACCUCAAUGCAGUUUGAUUGUAAUCAGAUCAAAAUAUAACGCAUAGAGUGAGUUUUGUUCAACGUAUCACCUUUUAAAAGACAUUCGAUCGAACUUUCGGACAGCCAAACCAAUCCUAAUAAUAUACUCUCAAAUAGACGUCAAGAGUAUUAUUACGAAUGGGAGAACCAUUGAGCUAUUACAUAGCUCCAUGGUAAAACAGCCUGACUGAUGGUAUUUAAGAUGCUGUAAGGUGGAGAGCAGAGAGACCAUUGUUAAUAUCGAGAGCAUCGAGAUGCAGUAUAGUGUAUGAAAUCACUUGAAAUAACGAUGUACUUUCAAUACAUCUCAUCAAACAUCAAAUCAUCACUGCCUAAUGUCAAUUUAUUGACAUCAGCUACAUUGUGUGUAUUAACAGUAUGCCUGGUGUUUCGAAUAAUUCAUUCUCUGUGGUUCCAGAAGGGAGAUGGAAGGCGGCGCCCCCCUGGACCUAAGGGACUGCCCCUCAUAGGCUCACUUCUUGAUCUACGCUACGACGUUUUGAUGAAAUUGAAGCAAUUCGCCCAAGAGUAUGGAAGCAUUUACACCAUAAACUUGGGACCAACAAGACUGGUUGUCCUCAACGAUAAGGAUUCCAUUAAGGAAGCUUUCGUGACCAAAGCAGCAGACAUGAGUGACCGUCCACAAGCUAUGCUGGAUACUCUUCAACAAACAAGAGGAAUCAUCUUAAGACAACCAGGUCACCUCCAUCGCCAACACCGAAAUUUCCUCUCCAACGGUUUUCGGCUCAUCAAACUAGGAGUCCCAGAGUUCAGUUUUCACCUCCAUCCACACAUCGACAGGUUCAAAGACAAAUUAAUCGCUUCAGAAGGCCAGAGUUUGCAGAUAUGUCCAAUCAGUCACUGCCUCCUUUUUGAAAUCUUUACAGACUUGAUGCUAGGCGAGGUUCCCGACUCUAAUUCUGAGGAGGUCAAAAAACUAUUAGAUGUCCUGUACAAGACACUGUCACCAAACCCGAUGUUGGUGUUAGCAGGGAAAGUUAUUCCCACAUGGCUAAAGUCUGCUCUGAGUGACUGGAUUGACAUGUCAGACUACCUUUCAAAGGUUACCCACUACCUCAAGGAACAUAUCCAGGAGCACAGGAAAACCUACGAGGGUGAUCCCCAAAACCUGAUUGAUGCUUUCUUGUUGAAAGAACAGCAAGAAUUGGACAAAUACAACAGACUCAGGAAAGAUGAUAUCGGAAGCAGCAGUAGCAACAGUGGGGGAAAAAGUGACCAAGAGCCUCCUGAGACAUCUCCAAGGGUGACAUCAGUCAUGGUGAAUGACCAAGAGGAAAACGAAAAAAAUCUUGCAGCAAUUUUAAUGGAUGUAUUUCAGGCUGGAUGCACUAGUAUUGUUGCUUCUUUGCAGUGGCUCCUGCUAGAUCUAGCAUUUAAUCAAGAUGUCCAAGAGAAGAUGAGGAAGGAAAUAGACGGAUAUGUUGAGGAAAGAAACCAAAGGCCCUCUCUUCUCAUAAGAAGUGACAACUUCCAUUAUACCAAGGCUGUGAUGUUGGAGAGUCUUCGCCUUCAUCCUCCUGCCCCACUGGGAGCACCACACUGUGCUGCACGAGACACCAAACUUGGCGGUUUUCACAUUGAUAAGGGCACCAUAAUACUCUCGAAUCUACUGAAUGCUUUACAAGACUCCAAGCAAUGGAAGGAUGCUGGUGACUUUCGACCAGAAAGAUUUCUCAAUGAAGAUGGCACCCUAGAAACGAGAGACACCCUUGGGUUCUCAACUGGUCCUCGUCUGUGUCCUGGAAAGCUCCUGACGAACACAGUUAUUAGUUCCAUCUUGACUGAAAUCAUCCAAGACUUCACAUUUCACUUACCACCAGAUCACAAGCACUCCCUCAAAGGAAUACCUGGAAUCGUCUACAAUCCUCAACCCUUUUCCAUCAUUGCUAAACAACGACAGAGAUGAUCUAAAUAUGGGGUUCUUUGAAUUAUCCAACAAAGUACAGAUUUCUAAAAAAAUGUUUUGUAAAUAAGCUUUUUAGCCUUUCUUAUUCAAAACUUGCUCUUUUGAAUGAAUAUGCUCUGAACAGCCAGUAAUUCAUUUCAGCAAAUAUUUAGACCUUUUCUAAUUUACUGUCCAAAAGGCCAAGUACCAAAAACACAAUUCAUUUCUUGCUCUAAUGUCAUUCUUUAACCUGUAACUUUGGACCGAAUACUGAAUCAUUGAUCUGAAUUGAUCAAAAUGAAAGGGAACAUUGUCUGAUUUUUUUUAAACUACAUGUAGGAUUUAGGUAAAACUAUGAUAGUCAGCAUUAUAAAGUGACAGAACUGCUCAAAUGACUUACUGUUCAAAUCAUGAAAUGUAAUAGUGACUUCAGGGAUAACUUUUAAAAGUAAAUCUGAUUUCUGACAAGAAAAUGCAUAUUGGGACUUGUACUAAAGUACAUUAAACAGUAGGUUUGUACAUCCAUACCACUUGCUUCUGUCCUGUGCUAGUAACUCAAACAGCAUUCUCAAUGUUCACCAAAAAAAAAAAAAAUUAACCACUUAUCCUUAUCAUGAUAUUCAGGAUGAAAACCCAAAUGAAUGUCAUCAGAGUAAUGUUCAUAAAAAGUCUGCAUGCUUCUUUUCCUUCAGGAAACAAUCAAAUCUCCCCCCACAGGAAAUCAAGGAUCAAUUUCUAAUUAUAAAAAAUAAUCUUCAAGGAAACACCCACAUCAAAGAAACUUAUUUUGAUUAAUUUCCGCCAGUAAGCUGUAAAGAAACUUAUUUUGUUUAAUUUUGGCCAGUAAGUUCUGAGGGUGCAAAAGGGAAAUAAAGAUACUGUCUUUGCUUCUAUAUAUGUAAGCAUAAUGAAAUAAAUUUUUAAACAUGAUAAAGUCAAGUUAUUUAAGCUUUCACAUCUUCUGAAAAAACAACGACAAAUAACAAGGAAUUGAUACCAGCCAUGGUGCACUCUUUUUGAUUUGGACACUAAAUGAAUGAAAAUAAACAAGAAGAUAAUCUGAAGUGAAUAUAUCCCAAUGUAUUAGCUGCAUUCUAAACCUCAAGCAUAAACAUGUGGUUUUCCAAUAGAAGAUUCACAUUUUAAAAGGGUAAAAAGUAGUACGUACUUACAGGCUUUUAUUGACUCAUUCAUUUACAUUUGACAUUUAUCAGGAUGAAGCAAAAGAGGUUCUUAACGUGGAUACAAAGCAAGAAUUAUCAAUGAUCCACUUCAGGAAUUAAAUACAUUUAUUGUUCAAAAUAGCAUAGGUGUGGUUAUGUGCAUAUCUUAACUCACCGUGAAUGUCAUUUACGUGAUGUGCGUGGGAGGUCUUAUCGCUUUUUAACGCAAGAGUAGAAAAUCAAUGAAGUAGAAACUAGCCCUUUUUGUGGGAAGAAAUUUUAUAUUUUACCUUGUUAAGAGGAUGCAUAUAAGCCAAAGGCUUAAGUCUUGAUAUACCUGCUAACAAUGCUAUUUGUAAUUCUCUUUCCUCCCUUUAUUUCCUGCAUCUAAAUAUAAAUUGCUGUUGGAUCUUGCAACAUAUUUUUCUUUGUCUAUCAUUUCAUUGCUGGUGUAUACUUUGUCUUACAAUCUUAAUAAUGUCUGUUUCGCCCUUUUUCAAAUGAAGAUUCUGCUUUACAUUAAAACUUCAUAACUCAUUUUUCAGUCAAUUCUAAUGAAAGGUGUAAAAAUCCACAAGCAUGGGGAUCAAACUUCACCAAAAUAGGAUGUGUUAAAGGUUAUUCUAAAGCUUUGCAUAGAUAUUUAUAAAAAGUACGCAAAUCAGUGAGUAAACCCCACCCCUCAAACGCACAAAUAUUCCUUGUUAAAAUCAUAUCUUUUUACACAAAAUUUUAAUUUUUACUUCAAUGGAGCAGUAUGGUUGGUAUUCUCAUGUCAAUUAUCACUAUCAUUAUCAUUCAGUGUAAAACAUGUAGAUUUUAGGUAGUACAGUCUAUGAAAUUUGAUAUAUUUGAAAUAGAAUAAAGCAAAUCCUUAAGGCAUGAUGAUAUAUGUAUAAUCAAAUCUGCAUUUUAAUAUCGGGUACAAAUUGUAUAUUGCAGUUUAAUUUUUAAAAAGAUGAAUAUAAAAUGCUAUUCUUUUUUUAUAUUGAAUCUAGAUUAUUUAUUAUAUUCAAAUCAACUUGAUGUAUGUAUAGGACAGACUUUUUCAUAUAAUUUUCACGAUUUAUUUCUUCUUGUUCCUCUCUCUCCCUUUCUACAUCUUUCCAUAGAAAAAUCUGGAUUUUCAUUUUUUUGUAAAUGUUACAUAUAGGAUUCAAGUUUAGCUAAGACUACAUUCACAUCUUCAUUAGAUUAACACAUUAUUUUUUUUAAGUUUGUCUACUUUCAAUGAAAACAGUAACUUAAGAGAAGCCUUUCCUCUUGGUAUCUGCAUGUGUGUGUAUUUGACUUUUAUUCAGAUGUGUAUCAAUCAAAAAUUAUGAUUUACAUCUGGGACAGACCUUUAACAUCACCAUCCAAAAGACAUGACCAGGGUAAUGAUGUCAUCAGUCCCCUCAUUGCAUACUGAAAAGUAUGUGAAUAUAAAUGUUUUGUGAAAUUAAGCAAAACUUUGAAAUGUCAUAACUGUUAUUUUAUAUCCAAUUUAGAAGAAAUGUUCAGUGUUAUGCUUGUUGGACUUUCCUCUGUUUAUUCAAACAAAAGUUUGGUGGGGUGCAGUUGUUUCAGGAAUUUAAUCUUUUUGGAUGACUUCAGGAAGACUGUUCUAUAAAGCACAGAAUAUUAUGCUCAGUGAAAAAAUAUAUUGCUUUAUGUCCUUAAUCAUUAAAGUGAGUCAAUUAAUACUAUGAGGUAUGAGGUAGGUUUCAUAGCUAUGUUAUUGUUUAGAUUUGAUGGUAUAUACGUUUCAUUUCAAUUCAUCUUGUAUUUGUAUUACAUUGAUCAUUUAAGUCACAAACAAUAUAUGCACUGUUGCACUGUGCAUUAUAAGUGUAUUACACUGUGUAGUGUUUACUAUGUCAUUCUUAUAGGAGUGUAACCUAAUUCCACACGUGUGCAUUACCCUUAGGGUGACGUUCGUUUUUCAGAAGGUUCGUUAUUCCAAAAAGUUCAUAUGUCUGAAAAGGAAGGUUUGUUAGUAUGAGAAUGUAAAAAGGCUUGAUAGUAAAAAAAAAAGCUGGUAACGCUGGCUGGAAUGGCUGUUUUGGCUCGGGCCACAUCCAUAAAAGUGGGAUUGAUGCCCCAGAUUGAGGUCUGGGGCAUCCCCCCCCCAAGCCUGCAGCAGGCCGGCAUUUUCAGAUUUGUUAGUGGUAAAUAUUUAAUCAAGAAUGGAUCUUUUACUAGCAAUUUGAAAUUUAACAAGGCAAUUUUAAAAUGUACCAAUACUUCUCCAGCAAAAUUUACAGGUCUGUCAAGGAAAGAUAAAACAUACAUGUAUCGAAUAGGCCCUAUUUAUUCUUGUAUGAAAAUAAACUAGUCCCAUAUCAAAGCCUAUGACCACCUCUUUCAAACUACUGAACCUUAUUUCAUUUUUGGAUUAGUAAACCUUCAGACUUAUUUAAUUAUUAAACCUUAUUUAAUUUUCCGAUUAAUGACCUUCGGAGCAACAAACCGUAUUCGUUGUCGGGUUAAAACCUUCGGAAUAAUGAACCUUAUUUCAUGAGAUUAUUAACAAACCUUUAGAGUAAUACCACAAAUGCUCACAUUUACAAGCUUUUUGGUCAUUUUUGGACUAUACAUGUUUCAGAAUUACGAACCAUCACGCUAAGAAACCUUUGGAAUAAUGAAUUGUACCCAACCCCUACAUGUGUAAAGAAAAUUGCUAUAUCAAGAACACUUCCCAAUGUUUUGAUUAAUCCCAUUUACCAAUGAUCAUCAAUUGGUAAUUUAUUUGCUGUUCAGUAGCUACAUAGUUAUGUUUUAUAUUCAAAUGUAAAUGACCACAAUUAUGUAAUGUUGGUUCCCUGUAUAAAACUUUGCAUAUCCGUGUGGAUCAAAUUCGUUUGGGAUAUUGCUAAGUAUGCUCAAAUUUAUUCAUGCUAUAAAUAUCCCUAAAUUUGAGUAUAUUUCUUUGUAAAGAAAUUUAUGGAGUCAUUUAGUCCAGUUGCCAGAAUUCCUUGAAUGUGCUGAGCACCAUUGAAAAGGUGGUAGCUCCAGCUAAAGCCAGAGUAAUAAUAGCAACACUUUGUAUCUUAA